GCGGCUGCGGAGCAGAAGGUCUGACUCGGUCGACGGCGCUGCUGCCCAUGCGGGGGAACCGGAGCAGAAGCGCAGAUUUCCGCCGUAGUCCAGCAUGUCCCACACCGUCAUCACCACCAGCAGCACCGGCAGGUCCUCCGGGGACAGCGUCCUCAACCUGGGCUACAGCCGCACCAUCCCGGGGCUCCUGAAGAUCGGCCAGCUGCUCUCCCUGCUCAUCGCCUUCCUCUGCAUCCGCCUCACCCACGGCUGGCCCAGCUGGGCGGCGUUCCAGUUCUUCGAGGUGGUGGUGCUGUGGUUCCUGGUGGCCUUCCUCGUCUUCUUCCUCAUGCACCUGUUCAGGCUGCAGACCAAGAUGCCCUGCAUCAACUGGCCGCUGACGGAGUUCUUUCAUUACUCUGUGGGGUCCGUCCUGAUCUUCAUCGCCUCCAUCGCUGCUGCUGUGAAAUGUGGAGGAGCUUCGUCUCUGGUGGUGGCGUCGGUGUUUGGCUUCAUAGCGACGUUCCUGAUGGUGGUUAAUCUGUGGACGUCCUACAGCGUGGCCUGUAGCCCCCCCGUCGGUGAAUCCAUGUAGAGUGACCCGUCCUGAAGAAAGCAGAUGGCUGCAUCCUGGUCAGUUUUCUGCCCCAUGGAGCUGAUUGGAUUAUAAAGUGUGAGGUAGAAGAGAAUCUGGACCAGAACCAAACUGCCCGAGGCGAGAGUGCCUCAGACUGUCCCGCUAAACCCUGAGCGAACAAGGCUUUUCUUAUUUCUGACACUUAAAGGUGCUCUGUGUCACAUUUCCUGUUUCAGUGCCAUGCUAGGAAAUGUUUUCCCAUCAUGCCUUUCUCUCCUGUCAUCGUCGGACAUCUUAAAUCGGCAGGUCCUCCUGUUUGCGCCAUAAACCCAGAAAAAAAACCCGUCAUUUUUAAUCAAGUCGCCUCAGAAUCAGUCGUCACAUCUUUGCUGUUUUUUAUCCAACACUCAGUGUUUAUUAUGGGAUGUCGGAGGUUCUUCAGGCUCACUGAACACGUUUGGACCGACGCUUUCCUCAGCUGUUAACAGUGAACAGCUUUUCUUAACGUGCAGCAGGGCGUUAGCUCACAUGGCUAUGCUAACCGGGCUCCCGUGGUUCUGGUGGCAGUCCCAGUCGGCUGCAGCACGUCCGCCAUCUUUGGAGGGGCAAAGUCGGCCAGGUCCGCAGUCAGGCGACCAGGGACCGGAUCGGGUCCGGCAUCUUUUCAUCAGAGCGGCAGACAGAACAAUCACUGUGUUAAAAAACCUGCAUCAGAAACAUUAUUGGACCGUGAAUGUCAGAACAUCUGGGUCCAGACAGUUUCCUGUGGUCCGGAAACUGUGAGACAGAAACACCUGCAUUAGGAUAGACGUUUAAAUCCAGAAGGUUCUGAAUAUUUCACCGGAUCAGAACCAUUCUGGGGAAAAAAGGCAUUGAUGGUGGAAAAAAUGGGAAAGUGAUCAAAAUAACACCUGGGUCGGGUAAAGUCCAGUCACCUGUGGCCCGUUUAAUCUAAUACAUGGUUCUGAUGGCUGAACCACCAUUUAACAGGAGAGGGUUUAUCACUAUAGUCGUUAUAUUAUGGGUUCUAAGAGGAAAACUGGAGAACAGAAUAGAACAGGGUUCUGGGUUUUUUAGCUUCCAAGGGGCCCAGCAGACGGGUCGGAUCUGCUUGCUGGGCCCAGUCAGGGUUCUGGAGAGAGACCUACAGCCACAUAAAGGUGCGUGCCCUGUCAUCGGUGUUGACCCUCCCAAUAUGGCGGCGUGGUGAAGCUGCUGACCAGGCAGUGUGCAGCCUGCAGCUCAGACAUGUAGUCCUAUGAAGCAUCACCAAGCCUCCUGGUAAAAUCAUUACUUCAAACCAUAAAGUACUAAUUAGAUAACAAUGCUACCAAGAGGGACCCAGAGAAAAGUGUUAAUAUCUGUGAUAAAUUUUUAUAUCUUAAUAAUAAUUAAUCAAUCUGUGCUUACAGGCUAUUUCCGUUUAUUUUCUGCUCGGUGCAUUUAUUGGUAACGUUUUCUUUCCAUCCUGCUGAAAAAGGGUCAUUUCUACACAGGAAUCAUCCUGGGUGCUUUUAACUAAAAGAGUCUGAAUUUACCUUAAAAUGUUUACUUGACAGAACCGUAAACUAGAACCAAAGAAAGCAGAACUGAAAUCGAAUGGAUCGAAUCGGGUUUCAGUAAAUCCCUGAUGUGGAAAAACUGCACAGGUUCAUAAUUUACAAGCACAGAUACUGAAAUGUGUUUUACAGCAAGGAUGGAAGCUUGGAUUUUCAAAACCUGAAAUAUUCAAAAGUUGACAAAUAAAAAUAAGUUUGCAUGGAUAAAAGAAAUGAAGGCAUGGUUUAAAACAUGCACCACUAAUGAGACAGAAUAAAGCACACAGAUGAAGCACUGUUACCUCCACAGGGACUUACAGAACGUGCACCGAUGUCUUCUGAAAAAUAUGCACCUCACUUUCAGAGUAAAAAGGUUACAAAUGUAAUAAAAAAAUAAACUAGCAUGUUUUUCUUAUAUUGGCUGAAUGAAAUAAAAACCCAAAGUGCUGCACCUAAAGCAAAAAGACGAGUGUUUAAAGAUGCUUCGGCUGUCGGAGCACAAACUGCACCUCUAAAUACCUCUGAUCAUGCCGUGGUAUUUUCUCUGCAUGUUUUACUCAUGUGUCUUUUAAACCAGUGAACGCAGCGUUUUAUUACUCCGUGGACAAAGAUUUCCACACAGAGAACACAAUUCAACACUAAUGCAUGAAUAAAAUCCACUGUUUCCUGCUACGCUAAAAAACGCAUAUGAAAUCUGAAUCGGUUAAAUUAUAAAUGCAAAAAACUGUAAAAUAAAUAUGUUUUUAAUUUUUACUUUAUAUGUCAAAUUAAUAAAUAGAACCACAGAGAUCUGGAGUGAGUUUUCUACCGAAUUUAACGUAAAAAAAAAUAAAAAAUCUGUUAUAAAUUUAAUGUCUGAUCCUAAUGAGACUAAAUUUCUUUCAAAGCAACGAGACUCUUCUAGAAUGGAAGCUAAUUGGAUAUUGUAAGAUAGUUCAUUUUUUGAAGCUCUUUUAGGAUUAAAAACACAAUUAAACAACUUUAAACAUAUCUAUUUAUAUAUCAAUGUUAAUUGUGUUUGUUUGGAAAAUUAUGCUUUCCUUAUUUUUAGAAAUGCCCUCUGGUUGAAGCCUUAUUUGAUGACGUCUUAGCAAAAGCUAGGCUAGCAAAAAAGCUAACAGUAGCGUAGCAACAGGUUUCUAAGAAUGGGAGCUAAUUAGCCGGUGUUUGCUUGUUCAGUUCUUUAAGUCCUUUAAAUAUUUAAAACGGGGAACAUAACACUUUGAACUUGUUGUAUUUUUUAAUCAAUAGUAGUAAUCGGUGUUGUAAAACCUGUGCCAAAAACCGUUGUCUUUCAUAAGCUUUUGUUUUAGGUUUUAGCUUAAGCUAAGUUAGUGGAUGCUAACGUGUUGGGCUAAUGCUAGCAUAGGAAGCACCUGUUAUGGUUUACAUCAUCAUUAUAUUGGAUAAAAUCUCAAUCUUUUCCAGUCUAGAGUCAGUUCACUCAGAGAUUGAAAGAUAAUUUAGUAGUUUUUAAAACUGUUUAGUGAAAAAUGCGUCAAAAAGGAUGGAUCUGAUGGUAUUUUAUCAAGGCUAAGAGAGCGGCAGGCUUUUAGUUCUUUUCUGGAUGCAAAAGUUGCGUAGUUUGAUUCUCGAGCAUGGACAGACCUCAGUGGAGUUUAAAUUUAGAUUGCUACAGCCUUUCUGCUUCAUAAUUCCUGCUCUUUAACCUCGGUUGCUUGCAGAGUUUAGUCUCUGCCCCCUGAUGUCGUACCGCUGCAGCUGGUAAAACUAAACAUUUCAUAACCCACUCCUGCAGAGCUUCAGGAAACGUUCACACUAGCCAGUGAAGUAGCGUUGAUAAGAAAGCCAACAUUUAGUCGGUGAGCAUCGUCCCAACAUCAGAACCAAACGCUUCUGCUCUAAAAGCUGAAUUCACGUUUCCUCUGAAGUGGCACAGAGCACUGAAUGAAAGAUUCACAUCCAGAUCUGUUCAAACUGUACGUCUUACUAUGUAAAUGUUUGGUUUACUGAAGAAAUGUUUAACCUGCAGACUUGUCUGUAUUCUGGUGCGGGUUGUAAAGCUCUGACUCGGUGUGCUGGUAGACCCUGAACGUUACAGAACCGGCCCUGAAUGGGGUCUUUGUGAGCUGAAAUGUUCCCGUCACACUGCUUCUCAGAUAAUCCUUCAUAUGCAGAGGAAAUGAAAUAAUGGGUUGGGUCCUGCAAAGACAGCAGCGUCAUUCAUGGCGUGCAGCUAAAACACGCUGGACGCCUGGAACCAGCCGCUGAGUCGAGCUUCCCGGCCCUCUGCUGUCUUCAUCAGCUUCCACAUCCUGAUUGUCACACUCAGCUGUUUCCUGUCUGUUCACACGCUGGAGCCUUGCUGCUCAUUUCUAUUUUAUUCUGAGUUUGGAACAGCUUUAUUUCUGUUUACGAUGCACUGCACAGAUCAAAUUUUUCAUCUUGCUUGAAUCACUGGAGAAAAAUGUAUCAGCUGAAUGUUUAAGAUUUUCUAUUUCAAUAGUUGAAACUUUUAGUAUUACCUUCGGUUCUGGUUGAUUUUAGACGUUCCUGUUGAUCCAGUCCGGGUCUGGUUUUCACUCUUGAUAGUUCUGGAUGUUUUGCGUGGACCCAGAAGAAAUCCUUCAGUUUCCUAGAGUCUGGGCCUUGCUGGCUCCAUGGCCCGUUUCCCAGCUCUGGAGGUUCUGCAGCUGACCCUGUUUACAGCCGUGCUCUCAUCCUUCUCCUCUCCACACAAACGCUGAUCCGAUUGAUUCUGGUUCCAGGCCAAACACGACUGUUUACAUCAUUUAUUUAGCCGUGUGUGUUUCCCAGGCGUCCGUGCAGAACGUGAGCCGACCUGAGGCUGUCGGUCCGCUGGGGUUGAUUCUGCAGAACCAUAAACGGGUUUCCUCUCCCUAUUACAAGUUUUCUGUCCAUCUGGAUUCUGGAGCGGUUCUGCUAAAUCAUCCCUGAUGUGGACCUGAACAUCCUGGUCGUUCACAUUGUUCAGCUCGUUCUCCAAAGUGCCUUAUUGUUCUGUUUGUGUAAAGAGUGGCCGCGUGGUUCCAAGGAGAACAGAACCUGAAGAACCCGGAAGAACCAGAAGUGUGAGGUGCUGCUGGGAGGAAGCGAUGAAGUGACUUUUAUUCGGUUUUAGAAGAUGUCCGCAGUGUUACGUCACCAGAUCACAUGACUUUUGUUUUUAUAUGUUUUUUAAUCUACAUCCUGUAAUUUAUUGCAUCUUUUAAAUUAAAGUCUCAUUGCACCGUU